AGAUCUCGAGCAGGUUGCUGUUGACAUGCUAGCUGCUGAUGCCGUUGGAGCCAAGGACAAGAGCGCAGCGGCUGCUCCUCUCAUCGUCCGGAAGGCUCGUCUGGGCUCGUUGGUGGAGGUGAAGGGCAUCUUGGAGCGGGAGAACGCUUCUGUGCACAGCACCGACAACAAGGGAAACUCUGUGCUUGCAGCUGCUGCAGCCAACGGCCAUCUCAACAUCGUUAAACUGCUCCUGCGGUACAACGCCAACAUCAACGCCUGCAACCAGAGGGGACAGAGUCCCUUGUUCCUCGCUCUCAAGUAUGGCUACACCGACGUCGCCGAGUUCCUGCUGCAGAACAGGGCAGACAGUUCGUUGAGAGACGACGAGGGGCUCGACUGCUUCGAGGCGUGGAUAAUAUCCCGGGAACAAGAACUUGUCGAAUUUCCGAUCUCCCUUGGUCAUGGCAUGCCGCGCGUUCCAUAG